AUGUACUUGGGGCCUGUGGAUGCCUGUGUGGCUGUCCCCCAAGCUUAUGUUCCUGAGGAAGAGCUGAAGGCGGCCGAGAUAGAUGAAGACAAUGUGGAGGAGGAUGGGCUCUCUUUGGACAUUCAGGAGAGCGAAUAUUUGUGUAAUGAGGAAGCAGAGAUCAAAGAGGCCCAGAGCUACCAGAACUCUCCAGUCAGCACGGCCACUAACCAGGAAGCAGGCUAUGGGUCGCCUUUCAGCGAGAGCAGCGACCAGCUAGCCCAUUUCAAGCCGUCUUCCUCCCGCGAGGAGAAGGAGGACGCCCCGUGCACGGACACUGUUUCCUACCCCCAGGACAGCUUGGCACAAAUCAAAGCCGUCUAUGCCAACUUGUUCUCUGAGUCCUGCUGGUCCAGCUUAGCUUUGGACCUGAAGAAGCCCAGCUCGACCACCAGCAACAGUGAUGCCAGCCAGAAGGAGAGCGCCACGCCCACCCCUACCCCACCCACUACCACCAGUACCGCCAGCACCAACGCGCACACGCCCAGCAUCAGCACCAGCACCAGCGCCAGCCACGGUGGCGGUGGUACCAGUAACAGCAGCAGCUCCGGGUACGACUGGCACCAGGCGGCCCUGGCGAAGACCCUGCAGCAGACGUCCUCCUAUGGCCUGCUGCCCGAGCCCAGCCUCUUCAGCACCGUGCAGCUCUACCGGCAGAACAACAAACUCUAUGGGUCCGUGUUCACUGGCGCCAGCAAGUUCCGGUGCAAGGACUGCAGUGCUGCAUACGACACGCUGGUGGAGCUAACGGUGCACAUGAACGAGACGGGGCACUACCGUGACGACAACAGGGACAAGGACGCUGAGAAGACCAAGCGCUGGUCCAAGCCCAGGAAGCGCUCCCUGAUGGAGAUGGAGGGCAAGGAGGAUGCCCAGAAGGUGCUCAAGUGCAUGUACUGUGGCCACUCCUUCGAGUCCUUGCAGGACCUCAGCGUCCACAUGAUCAAAACAAAGCAUUACCAGAAAGUGCCUCUGAAGGAGCCAGUGCCCGCCAUCACCAAACUGGUCCCUUCCACGAAGAAGCGUGCACUCCAGGACUUGGCCUCACCCUGCUCGCCGGAGCCCACGGGGGUUGCCACAGAUGUUGUGCUCAGUGAGUCUGGGAAGGACCAGAAGUCGGCAAACCCCUACGUGACACCCAACAACCGCUACGGCUACCAGAACGGUGCUAGCUACACGUGGCAGUUCGAGGCCCGCAAGGCGCAGAUCCUCAAGUGCAUGGAAUGUGGCAGCUCCCACGACACCCUGCAGCAGCUCACGGCCCACAUGAUGGUCACCGGCCACUUCCUGAAGGUGACCACAUCCGCCUCCAAGAAAGGCAAGCAGCUGGUGCUGGACCCCGUGGUGGAGGAGAAAAUCCAGUCCAUCCCGCUGCCACCCACCACACACACCCGGCUGCCCGCUGCCAACAUCAAAAAGCAGCCCGACUCGCCGGCAGGGUCUACCACGUCAGAAGAAAAGAAAGAGCCAGAGAAGGAAAAGGUGCCCACCGUGGCCAGCGAGGUAGACAAGAAGAUCAAGGAGGAGAGUGAGGACAGUGCUGAGAAGUUUGAGCCAACCACGCUGUACCAGUACCUACGGGAGGAGGACCUGGACGACAGCCCUAAGGGGGGCGUCGACAUCCUCAAGUCGCUGGAGAAUACGGUCACCACGGCCAUCAGCAAGGCCCAGAAUGGCGCGCCCUCCUGGGGCGGCUACCCCAGCAUCCAUGCGGCCUACCAGCUCCCGGGCUCUGUGAAACCCCUGCCACCGGCUGUGCAGAGUGUACAGAUGCAGCCAUCCUAUGCCAGUGGCGUGAAGUCCCUGUCGUCCGAGCACAGCGCCCUCCUGCACUCGCCGGGCAGCCUGACGUCCCCGCCUCACAGGAGCAACGUGUCUGCUAUGGAGGAGCUGGUGGAGAAAGUCACCGGCAAGAUUAGUGUCAAGAAGGAGGAGAAGCCAACUGCUGAGAAGGAGAAGGGCUCCCCGGCCAAGUCCGUGUCCCCGGUGGCAAAAGAGAACAAAGAUUUCCCCAAAGCUGAGGAGGUCAGCAGCAAGCAGCCACCCAAGAAGAGCCCAGAUGCCGAGGCAGGGAAGGCCAAAAGGGAGGGCCCAGGCGACGCACACACCCCCAAUGGCACAGAGCCCCUGAAAGCUAAAGUCACCAAUGGCUGCAGUGCCCUGGGCAUCAUCACAGACCACUCGCCUGAGCCACCCUUCAUCAACCCAUUGAGCGCUCUGCAGUCCAUCAUGAAUGCCCACCUGGGCAAGGUGUCCAAGCCUGCCAGCCCCUCUCUGGACCCGCUGACCAUGCUGUACAAGAUCAGCAACAGCGUGCUGGACAGGCCCACACACCCCGGUGUCCCUGGGAAGCAGACUGACACCAUCGACCGCUACUACUACGAGAGCAGCGACCAGCCCAUUGAUCUGACCAAGUCCAAGAGCAAGCCCCUGGUGUCCGGCACCGCCGAUGCGGUCUCGUCGCCCCUACGGGAGAGCGCGCUGAUGGAUAUCUCCGACAUGGUGAAGAACCUCACAGGCCGCCUGACGCCCAAGUCGUCCACGCCCUCCACUGUGUCUGAGAAGUCGGAUGCCGACGGCAGCAGCUUCGAGGAGGCCCUGGACGAGCUGUCGCCGGUGCACAAGCGGAAGGGGCGGCAGUCGAACUGGAAUCCCCAGCACCUGCUCAUCCUGCAGGCCCAGUUUGCCUCCAGCCUGCGGGAGACGCCCGAAGGCAAGUACAUCAUGUCUGACCUGGGCCCCCAGGAGCGGGUGCACAUCUCCAAGUUCACUGGCCUGUCUAUGACCACCAUCAGCCACUGGCUGGCCAACGUGAAGUACCAGCUGCGCAGGACAGGGGGGACCAAGUUCCUCAAGAACCUCGACACAGGGCAUCCUGUGUUCUUUUGCAACGAUUGUGCCUCUCAGUUCAGGACUGCUUCCACGUACAUCAGUCACCUGGAGACGCACCUGGGCUUCAGCCUGAAGGACCUGUCCAAGCUGCCGCUCAGCCAGAUCCAGGAGCAGCAGAAUGUCUCCAAAGUCCUCGCCAGCAAGCCCCUGGGCCCGCUGGGGGCUGCGGACGAGGACCUGGGCUCCACAUUCCAGUGCAAGCUCUGCAACCGGACCUUUGCGAGCAAGCACGCAGUCAAACUGCACCUCAGUAAGACCCACGGCAAGUCCCCCGAGGACCACCUGAUCUACGUCACAGAGCUGGAGAAACAAUAGCGCCCAGCUCGGCAUGGACCGCGGAACUUUGCACUAACAUUGUCGUCGUACUGCACUAGGCCUGGCCUGAGCCUCUGAAAUCAGUCUCUUCCUUGGUUGCUGAGCUGCCUGUCUGGACCUUGGUUUUUCUUACACACAUUUUGUAGUUCUAUUUAUACGCGCUCUGUCUGAUCCGUGCAUGUUAUUUUUCUUUUUCCAUGAGUCAAAGUCUGACCUUUAUUUUCAACAUCUAUUCUUGAUGUUAAGCUAUCUUUUGUAGGAAAUAGUGGGACCCACUAUUCAGAGACAUUUAUUUAGCAGUAAAGAGAGACACAAAUAACAAUGAUAAAAAGACAUCCUAAAAUUACAAAGUUGCCAUGACAAUAAAGGUCAUAGAACCGAGUAGUGUCAAAUUUAACCCUGUGAGGACUGUAAUCGCAUUUCUGUGCCUUUCACU